AUGAGUCAAGGAACCGACCAAGAAUCAGGCCAAGAUUCCUCGUUAUCACCAGGACAAAUUUCGAGGAACCCGAUGAUGUUAUUCACGUCGCUUUCUUCACCCAACGGCUAUUUAUUUACAAAGACAGGAUCCAACGGUCCUCAACGCCCCGGCGGUUGCCGCCCUACAAACCAUUCCACGGUAUUCGACUACCGCAACGGUUCUUCUCACUAA